CGAGGAGGGGGGACACUUCCGCUAAGGGUCCUUUGGCCCCGAGUCUCGGGGGAGGGGCCUCUCCCGCGAGGGGCGGGCGGGCCCCUCCCCCGUCCGCGGGCGCGACGGGACCGGCGUGCUACGGACCUCAGGACGGACCAGGGCGCCGCCGAGACGGCCCCAAGACCAGGUGCGGGAGGGCAGGGUGGCGUGCGAGAGCAAGGUCAGCGUCCAGAUCUUCUUUGAGCCCGGCUGCAAAUACUGUCGCCAGUAUUUGGCCGGUCCAGUGGAGAAGGCCAUCGCGCACGAGCCGACAAGAGGGUGCAUGAACAUUGAUCUCAACCCUCUUGGUAAUGCCUUUUACGCAGUCCCGGAAUGCAAUAAUGCCAAGACAGGCAAUGAAAGUGUACCGGCAUGUGGUGGUGCGGGAGGAUAUGACGCGGGCAUGCGCAAGUGUUUCAAUCAAAGAUGCGGUCCUGGAGUCGCGGUUGCAGAUCGUUCUGAGAAUUGUUACAGGGGCAGUUUGAUUUUCCAGCACGGCUUCAAGGAAGCGUGGUUCACUCGCUAUUUCGCGUGCGCCAAGCAUGCUUCCUCCACGAAAAAUUGGGAGAACUAUGGUCAGUUCGUUCUAUGUAUGGAAAGAAAUUAUACGACGACAGAAGGCGGAGACCUGUUCGAAACGCUUAUCGAGACUUGUGCCGAAUCUUCAAAUAUUAAUUUUGCUGAGAUCGACAAGUGUUAUAAGAGUGGAGGGGGAGAGGAGGCCUUCGAGCUUGAAGCUAGGAACAUUCCUGAGCACGACGGUGUUCCUUGGAUUAUUGUCAACGGCGUAGUUCAACCCGAGUCCUAUGACGAGAACGCGCUUCUGACGGCGGUACAGGACGCCAUGGGAAACAGCUCAAAGCUACUUGAUGCUCCGAGGCUGGCUGCAAUACAGCAAGACCAUGAACUUCUUGGAGCGCGGCGAGAAGAGCGUCGGCGCCACAUUACCUGCUGACGAUGACGAACCUGCUUUCGCGAUCGCUGAGUCAAGCUUCGAAUUUCUUG